AUGAUCUGGUCAUGUAUAAUCUUCAGUAUUCUUCUCUCCACGAACGCUGACCAACAAUCCACCGAAAACAUCAUCAAAGAAGCGCAGCAGAAAAUAAUGGUCUUCCUAAAAGAGCCGGCAGGUGUCAGCUGGUUGACUUCGCUAACCCAGCGCCAGAAAUCGCCCCUGAGAACUUCAGAACUCCUGACUUCAAUCCUGGACAAAUCUUGCCCGGCGGGUCCAGAAACAAAGUCCGCGGCUUCAAAACUCCAGGAGUUACUGACCACCGACAACGCAACGCGAAUCGAGUUCGAAGGCUGGAAGGACCUGAUGGACAACGGGCCCCAAGAUGACGUCAUCUGCCUGUACCGGGCCCUUAACACGACCCUGAACCACACCGAGGACUGGCAGAAGUUCCUCACCAGCGUCUCCGAGGGGUACAUGGUCUACCUGGCCCUCGACAUGGGCACCAAGUACAUAAUCUGUCUGAAAAAAAUCCCUGCUCAGACUCGCAUCGAUCCCACCACCGAGGUUCCCCCCACCACGACCCCUGAGGCCCCGGGGCCCAAAAUGGGAAACGGAAGUCGGGCCCUGAAUGACGCUGUGCCUCUCAAUGAAGAUUCCUGCGAAGAAACCACAGAGCGGGCAAAAAAUUCUAGACGACAGUUCAUCGAAGUAAGGCCCACUUCUCCUCCACCCUGCAACAGGCCCAUUAUUUACGUCCUGCCGGUGAACUACCCUUUGCACGCGUUCACUUGGUACCCGAGCCCUCAAUUAUUCUACCAGAAAAAUGGGCCCCAAAAUAAUUUUGGGCCUUAUGUAGCUCAGAGCAAUUUUGGGCCUUAUGUCCCUCAAAGCAACCCUGGGUAUUAUUAUCCUUCAGCGCCACAACGACCAGAAGUUUAUAGGCCACAAAAUAUUGGGACCUAUGGAAAUUUUGAGCCUUAUAAAAAUUUUGGGCCUGUGAUGCCAACUCAAGGUUCCUUUGAGCCAACAAGAACCACAAAGCCCGUAAGGCCCAAUUUUAUGGUCCCAAUGAGACGCAGUCCCUUCACCUUAGAGAAAAUUGGGCCCACUGGGAACCCAGGACAGCCCCGUCACUGGCAAGUCCCACCUAAGUGCGACAAGAAUACCUGGCGGCCUGAAUGCUUCUGGAAGCCAGCGGAAAAUCGGCAUCAGGCCCCGAUAAGUCCCACUAUGAUCGACAAUAAUUUCGGGUACAGAAAAACUUUGCCGGUCAAGGAGUCGAUGAAGGAGAACCCGAUGCUUGCUAGGUUCUGGAAGAAGAUUCCGCAGAACCAGAAUUGGGUCCACAAGAAGCUUUCUGAAAUUCAGGCCCCAAUGGCUCCCGCGAGUCCUAUGCCAGGCCCAAUUUCCACCGGCUCAGUUCCCUGGAUCGUGUACAACCAGUACUCGGUGAAGUACCCGCCAGGUACGCCUCUAUAUAUGGGUCAGAACUACUGGCAAGGCAGGACUAGACCAGUCCCAGGAAUUGUGUCUGGCCCAAUGGAGGGGAGACAAGAUCAGGCCCAACAUCAAGGAAAGAAGGGGAAGGGGUGUAAGAAUUGCUUGUGCAAUUUAUGUGACAGGCCCAUUAUUGUUAAGGUCUUGAUGGACAAUGCGGGGAAAAUGGGCCCUAUUGGGGACUCACGGAGGUCUAUAGACCCAAAGACGAUUGCUGAGGUGAUUUCCAAGACUGACCAAAGCUUGGAGGAAGUGGAGAGGCAGAUACAUGAAAUAGAGGGCGAGAGUAAUGAGUCGGAGAUUGAAGAGUCUACGGAAAGCAGUGAGGUCUGA